AUGGCAUCUACGAGCGAUGUUCUCACGCUUGUCAGCUCUCUAGCCUUGCGAUUCAGUAUCUGGGUCUUCUUGCGAUGGAUUGUGCCAGCACUUGCGACCGCGCUCACGCUCGUCUACAUACCGUCCUUCUUCACGAGCUUUCAGGACACGGCGCAAUACAAGGUCAUCUCAGACGAACUCGAUAUCAUCGUUAAGGAGACGGUUGCAAGCGGCGAUGACUCUAGCGACGACAUAGAACUGAUUGACGGGGCCGACGAUGGUCCCUUGGAGGAGUUGGAUGUGCAGGAAACGAUCCAAUAUGAAGAGAGGGAACCCAAGAUACUCAGGACACUGCUUACUGGCCUCCCGAGUCCAUCGUCUGCGCUGUGGAGUUGGAUCACUUUCGGCAUCAAUAUGGCCUUGAUCGCCAUGGCUCUAGACGUUGUAUAUCGCGCACCGCUACUGCAUCAGUGUCACGACGCGUCUUUCGGUCGCGUUGGAUACGUGUCAGAUCAUAGCGCGAAUGUUCUCGUGAGGGAACCAUAUGCGUUCGAUGUCAGGGUUUUGUACAGGUCAAUCGAUGAGCCAAAUCGAUCGUGGAUGCAUAAGACGCAUUAUGCGAGCCAGCCCAACCAGUGGCUUACGAAUGAGACCGAUUUCACAACUGUGAUGAGCCUAGAUCACCUGCGACCAGAUACGCCAUACGAGUAUGUCGUUGAGACAUCGAGUGGAAACAAGACGGGCACGUUUACGACUGCUCCACGACCUGGGCGCAUAUCGCUACUGAAGGACAGCAAAUACACGUUCGUACACUCGAGUUGUAUCAAGCCCCGAGUUCCUUAUACGCCUUUCCAACACCCUCUUGAGUUCCCAGGCAUGAAGCAUCUCGCCCACUGGCUACCUGAGCUCAAGCCAUAUUUCAUGCUCUUCCUCGGGGAUUUCAUCUACGUUGAUGUUCCCCACCGCCAGGGAAAAGACCCAGAGACUUACAGACGUGAGUACCGUCAGGUAUACUCCUCGCCAUCUUGGUCCGCAGUCAGCGACAACCUCCCCUGGAUCCAUGUCAUCGACGACCACGAGAUCCACAAUGACUGGAACGGCAACAUGACCGGCGUCGCAGUCCCGGCCUACGACGCAUUCACGCAUUAUAAUGCUGCGGCAAACCCACCUGCACAUCGCAAAGGCCAUACUUAUUUCUCCUUCACGCAAGGACCAGCGGAGUUCUUUCUACUCGACACGCGACGAUAUCGCAGCCCAGCGACCAAAGACCCUGACGAUACAUCCAAGACUAUGCUUGGUGAACAGCAACUUUCCGACCUGCUGGCUUGGAUUCACAAGUCCCCGCCGCAUGGCGUCCACUGGAAGUUUAUCAUAACUGGCAUACCAUUUACCAAGAACUGGCGAUUUGGCUCCGAAGAUACGUGGGGCGGAUAUCUGCACGAGCGUCGCGAAAUCCUCGAAGCAGCGUGGGAGUUAUCCACCGUGAAGAACGUCGGUGUAGUGAUCCUCAGUGGCGAUCGCCAUGAAUUUGCCGCUACUUCGUUUCCGCCGCCCGUCGGCUCGAAAUGGCCUGUUAGUUCGACUGUGCAUGAGUUCAGCACGUCCCCGCUGAGCAUGUUCUACCUCCCGUUCCGGACGUAUAAGGAGAUCGAUGACGAAGAUGUCUGCAUCAAGUACCUACCCGAUGGAAAUAGCAAGUUCGGCGCGGUCGAGAUUACGAAUCCGCCGCAUGGCGAGCAAAGUCUUCUCAACUAUAGGCUGUUCAUUGACGGCAAGGAAGCAUGGACACAUGUCAUUUCUACGCCGCCAGCGAGAGAUGGGAGUCACAGGGCGAAGGAUGCUGUUUGGGGCUAA